AUGGGCUCCCUUCCCCCGCCAUACCUCCGCCAUUCCGCCGCCGCCCCGCCUCUACCUUCUUCCGCCAUCCCUCCGCGAUUUCAUAUCCGCACACUCUCGCUCUCGCGCGUCCUCUCCGCGCCUUCAUCCCGCCUAUCACAGGAAAGCGCCCCCCGCCUCACCUCAGAGGGUGCAGCGGCAGGAGCGGUUUUAUCAUCCCCUUCAUCCCCUCCGCACUUCCCCACUCUCCCCUCACCUUCCCCCACCUCAUUGGCCCUUGCACGGCAGUGGGUGUGGGAUGAUUGGGGCGGCUGCAAUCCCGCGCUAACCUCUUGGCCCUUUCGCCCCCCUCCUUUCGCCCCCCUCCUUUCGCCCCCCUCCUUUCGCCCCCCUCCUUUCGCCCCCCUCCUUUCGCCCCCCUCCUUUCGCCCCCUUCCUUUCGCCCCCCUCCUUUCGCCCCCCUCCUUUCGCCCCCCUCCUUUCGCCCCCCUCCUUUUGCCCUCCUCUCCCCCUUCUCUCCCACUUCCUCCGUCCCAGCCCAUCUCCCCCAAGUGGCUGCCCAUGUAUUGGUGGCUUGCGUCCCUCCCCCCAAGCACACGGAAUCUUGCCCCAUGGGAGCCAAUCUCCCCCAAGUGGCUGCCCAUGUAUCGGUGGCUUGCCUCCCUUCCCCCAACCACACCCACCCUUGCCGCAUGGGAGGUGCGGCAGUGGGUGCAGCAGGAGUGGGGGCGAUUACCCCUAGAGCUCAGACGCACUCCCAUGCAGCGUAUAGUGCAGUACACUGUUACCGCUUUCCACCGCAUUAAACACCAGGGGGGGCUGGGGGUUGUGGGUGAGGGGAUGGUGCAAGGAGAGGGGUCGGUGGGGGGAGAGGAGGGGGAGGAGGAUGUGGUGGGAGAUGGUGAUGGGAUGGGGAGGGAGGCAGGGAGGGGGAGAGAUGGAGGGAGGAGGGACAGAGGGAGUGGGGGAGACAGAGGGAUGGGGAGAAGGGCAGAGAGGAGAAGAGGAGCAGGGGUUGGAGCCGAGGGUGUGGACUAUGAUGAGUGUCGGAGCAGUGGGGAGAGAGGAGAUGGGGAGGAGGGGGACGAGGAGGGGGACGAGGAUGGGGAAGGAGAGGAGGUGGGAGAAGAGCGGAGGGGAGGAGAGGGAGACGCUGGGAGGCGCAGGAGGCGGGGAGGAAGAAUGGCGACAUACACAGAGCAUCCCAUGAAAAAGCAGAGGGCAGUGGAAGCAGCGGUGGGAGGGGAGGCAGCAGAGGCAAAGGAGGUGGGGCGCUUGGUGCAGCAGCAGCACUGCGCUCUCGUGAACCACUUCAACAGUCGUCCGAAAGAUAAGGCAUUCACUGCCGUCGUUUGGAGGCACAUGCGUGGGCGCGGUGGUGGGGGGAGGGGAAGCAGCAGAGGCGCAGUGCAGGAGGUGGGGCGGUUGGUGCAGCAGCAGCACUGCGCUCUCGUGAACCACUUCAGCAGCCUCGUAUUGCUGCAGCACCACCUGUUGCUGCUGCAGGAAUGCAGCGUGGAGAGAACAGACAGCAAGAGGCUGGGUCAAGGGUAUAGGGGCCGGGAGGAGGGUAAGGGGAAGAGGGAGGAAGAGGGCAGAGGGGAGGAGCAGCAAGAGGGUAAGGGGAGCGAGGAGCAGCAGAGUGUGGGGCAGGGGGGGCAAGAGGGUAAGGGACAGGAGGACCAGAAUGGAGAAGGGAAGAGGGGUGGUGAGGGAGGGGAUUGUGAGAAGCAGACAAGUGCUGUGAGACGCCACGAGUUCGUCCCCCCAUGGAAGCCCCCUUUCGCCCCCCGCCACUGCUCUCAGAGAGAUGAAGGGCGCGAGGCGGGGAGGCACAGGGUGGGGAGGAGGCAGGGAGAGAGACAGGGGCCAGAGUCCAGAAUGGAGAGGAGCGGGGAGAUUCAUGAGUCAAGUCAGGAACGGGUUGUGGGGACGAGCUAUCCCCAACAAGAAGGGGCUGAGGGGCGUGGAGCGGGUCGGAGGCAGGGAGAGGGAGGAGUUGAGAGGUGUGGGGUGGGGCGGAGGCAGGGAGAGGGGGAGGGGCCAGAGGCACCGUUAAAGGCAUGGGUGGUGUGCAGUGUUGACUAUCACCGGUGUGACUUUAAGGGGGGGAGGAGCAGCGAUGGAGGUUCCAGGGAGGUGUGUGGGGGUGGAGGGAGAGGCAGGCGAGGAGGUGGGGAGAUGGCUGGGGGCAACUUGGGAGGGCAGGAAGGUACAAUGGAGGGGUGUGAAAAGGAAGCAGCGUUGGGUGAGGACGAGAAUGAGGAGGAGGUGAAGCAGGGAAGGAGGGAGGGGAUACGGAAUGGAGGGACAGAGCAUGCAGGGGAACGUAUGGGCAGCAGCGCAGUAGGGGGCAUGGGGAGGGGUGUGGGGGAUGGGGGUGUGAGUGCGGCAGUGAGGGCGAGGGAGUGUGGGCGGGGGUACAGGAGACUGGCUGGGUGGGGGGAGAGCGGAGGGGCGGAAAGCAGAGGGAGAUGGAUGCGAGCUAAGAGCGCCCAGGGCUACUCGUCUGUUUGGACAGGAUGGGGAUCACUGGACAACCCACGUAGAGGCCUGGGUUCGGUCCUCUGCCAAUCACGUGGUGACACGUGGCGGCCUACCUGGGCCAGCUACACCUCCCAUGCUGCUGACGCGCCCACCACUAACAUCAGCGAUGUGAGAUGA